UCUUGUUUUGAAUUGAGAGCUAUCGCUAUGGCGCCGAGAACUCCACGCCGCGUUUGCGAUGUUGAUUUCUCCAGGAAGGCGCACGAGCAGCAGCCCCCGCUCCACAAUCGCUGGCAUCCGGACAUCCCUCACAUUGCCGAGGUCCAGGAGAACGAGAUCUUCACUGUGGAGAUGAUGGAUUGCGCGGGUGGAGCGAUCCGCAACGACGAUUCUGUGGCGGAUAUAGAGGCUCUGGAUCUAUCAGGGGGGCACUAUCUGAGCGGUCCUGUGCGCGUUGUGGAUGAAUCGGGCGCUCCAGCGAUGCCCGGCGACAUCUUGAUGGUGGAGAUAUGCGAUCUGGGGCCGAUUUCUGGGCAGGAAUGGGGCUUCACUGCGAUCUUACCUGGGUUUGGAUUUCUAAGCGAUCGCUUUCCAAAUGCGACCAAGGCGAUCUGGGAUUUCGAAGGGAUCUUUGCAUCGUCGAGACACAUCCCAGGCGUUCGUUUCCCAGGAAUGGUACAUCCUGGACUAAUUGGCACAGCUCCAUCUAAAGAACUUUUGGAAGCUUGGAACGCUCGAGAGAAAGCUCUGGUCGACACUUCUUCUUCACCACUAGUAGCAGCACUUCCAACAAAACGAAAUGUUCUACUUGGCACGAUCGAAGAAGGCAGCCCGGAUUGGGAAAGAAUUGCCUCCGAAGCCGCAAGAACAGUCCCCGGCCGAGAAAACGGUGGAAACCUCGACAUUAAAAACCUCUCCAGGGGAUGCAAAGUCUACUUCCCCGUGUUCGUGGAGGGUGCUAAUCUCAGCAUGGGAGACAUGCACUUCUCCCAGGGUGACGGCGAGAUUGCUUUCUGUGGAGGGAUCGAGAUGAACGGAUUUCUCACGUUAAGAUGCGAGAUUUUGCGUGGUGGAAUGAAAGACUACAUGAGCCCAACGAAUCUACACGCGCAACCAUUCUUCGAGAUCGGGCCUAUCGAGCCUCGUUUCUCCGACUGGCUGGUUUUCGAAGGAAUCAGCGUGGAUGAACACGGACGACAGCACUACCUCGACACGACCUUGUCUUUCAAGCGAGCAGUCCUCAAUGCCAUCGAGUACCUCUCGAAGUUUGGAUACACAAGAGAGCAGAUCUACCUCCUUCUGUCAUGCUGCCCUUGCGAGAGCAGGAUCUCGAGCAUCGUCGACUUUCCAAAUGCUGUGGCUACCAUCGCAAUUCCCACAGCAAUCUUCGAUCAGGAUAUAAAACCAAAGAAGAAAAGAUGAUUCUGAGAGAGUGCGAAUCUAAUAUAGGCUCCCUGGUUAUGGUAACUAUAUAACUUGCAGUCUAGUUGCUCAAGAUUGGGCCUGUGGGGCCUCGUUUCUCCGACUGACUAGUUCUCGAAUGAAUCACAGCGUCGUGGAUGAACAUAGACAACAGCGCUACUUCGACGAGACGUUGUGCUUCAAGCAAGCAGUCAUCGAGUACCUCUCAAAGUUGGAUACACGCGAGAUCAGGCAAUUAAAAGCUUUCACGCUGGUUUUAAGCUCAA